UUGAGACCAUCCUCAGUUUUUGCCAAGGCUUUUACAGAAGACCCGGACGGGGGAAAACUCAUCUUAACCAGUGACAAGAUGAACUGGGGCUUUCUGGAGACUCUGCUCAGCGGUGUCAACAAAUACUCCACUGUGAUUGGCCGAGUGUGGCUGUCAAUCCUUUUUGUCUUCCGCAUAUUGGUGUACGUGGCAGCAGCUGAGGCAGUCUGGAAAGAUGAGACCAAGGACUUCACGUGCAACACCCGGCAGCCCGGCUGUGAGAACGUGUGCUUCGAUCAUUUCUUCCCCAUCUCCCAGGUGCGUCUGUGGGCCCUCCAGCUCAUCAUGGUGUCAACUCCGUCCCUGCUAGUGGCCCUGCAUGUGGGCUACCGAGAGCACAGAGAGGCCAAAUAUGGCAGGAAGCUUUAUGCUAACAAGGGCAGCAUUGAUGGAGGCCUACUUGCCACCUACAUUGUAAGCAUCCUGUUCAAAACUGGGUUUGAGAUCGGAUCUCUGGUCGCCUUCUACCUCCUGUACGACGGCUUCUCAGUGCCUAAGGUUUUUCAGUGCAGUCAAAGUCCUUGUCCCAACACAGUGGCCUGCUUCAUUUCAAGGCCCACAGAGAAGAAGAUUUUCCUCUACAUCAUGGGCUGCACUUCCAUCGUGUGCAUCUUUCUCAAUAUCGUAGAGAUGUUGUACAUCGUGUUCAAACAAUGUUGGAAGUACUUCAGCCAACACUAUGUGCCUAUAGAGGAGAAGAGAGGUUGUCAGUGUGGCAAAGCUCAUGUGGUAACGGACUUACUAGGGCCCCAAGCAACACCUCAGGCAAAGCGAGCGAGCUCACAGUUGGAGUUAAAGCAGGAAAGUUCUCCUUCUUGAUUGUUAGGCUUGGGGAACUACAGAUGUUCCUACCCUGAAAGAGCAAAACCAACAUCAACCAACUGGUGCAGCCGCAGAUCAUGAGGAAGUAUAGGCCUUUACAAACUAAGUGAGAAUCAUUUCAAGACGAUGAGUUGAAUAGUUGUAUGUGUAAGCCCAAUUUGACACACCUAGAUUCCAGAAUAUAUUUUUCAAAUUCAUUUAAUGAUUUCUUUUGUGAAACAUUUCUUUUUAUGGCCACGUUAUAAACAUUUAAAUUUCACAAAAAGUAUUUUAUCCACAUUAUUUGGUUUUAAUUAGUAGGCCUAAUUCACACACAUGAAUACAUGUGUAGCACUACUUCUGAAUUGACAUAUCUUCCCUAAUUUACAUUUGGUCCAUGGCUAGUGCCCAUAGAUAUGAAUCAUCUUCUAUCUUUUUUAGAAACCUUGCAUAAUUUAUUUUAAUGUCAAUGUUGAGACAGAACGUAUUUGCCCAGUCACAGAGAAAUAACAUGGCAAACGAGCAGUCAGGAGACCGUCGACCUUCUGUGAUUGAUGGUAAUAAUCAGACAACCACCUAUGAGCAUGAACCUGGUAAAACCUGAAAGACUGGUUUUGUGAUGUAGUUUUUUUCAAAAGAAAAAAAAUGUAUAGUCUGUCUGCAUUGCACUGACACAUGUAUGUUAAU